CAAGGAAUUGUCGUCUGUAAACCACUUUUUAAAAAUUAACGCGCCAUGCAGGUGAGUUCUUAGCAUUAUCUGGAACUUCGAUUACUGUAGUUCGUCAGUCUCACUUAAGUUAAUUUUGUCUUUCAGGAAAAUAAUUUACAGCUUGAUAAGGUUGCUAAAAGAAGGGCUCAAGCUGCUAGAGACUUAAGGUUGAUGGGCUGUCCCAGAUCAACUUAUUAUCGAAGGUUGCGCAAGUUAAGAGAUGAAUUCGUACGACAUUAUCAGUUAAGCAGCAGUGACGAAGAUGACAAGAAUACUGUUGCCAUCACCGGAGUAGGUAGAGCGGUCGCUACAGAGCAGUGUAACAGUACCGUCUCUGGAACAGCCACUACUUCAUGUAGCUAUGUCCAGUGUGCUGGCACUGCAGUCGAUGGUAGUGUAUCUUCCUUAAUUAACUAUGUAUAGGUGGUGUCAUUUCAGAAAUGUCUCCACCCAGUCAUAUUUUAAUGAAAUGAGAGGUCGACAGAAUUGUCAUAGGCAUGAUGACAGGUGGUGAUAUAACGAUUAAAAAGGCUGAUAAAAUUCUGGACCUCUUUCGCGUGCACAUACCUGAACUACCGACAUCCGUUCGAAGUGUUCUACGGAGAUGCAACGACGGUUACAUAAAGAAAGAUGAUGAAACUACCCCGUGUGAAGCAGAAAAGCCAAAGAGGGCUGCCAAACGUAAACUAUGUGACUAUCUAUGUACCUCUGAAGAACUAGAGGUUGCUGAGGUUGAAGCUGGAUUUGCCCCUGUUGAAUUUCCAGUUGUCAACAUUUUGACAGGAAGGUUUUCCCCAAUAGCCAAUUCAUCAAAAGCCGAGCUUUCAUCACCACCCGUUCCAUGUACAUCGACCGCAGUAGAUAAAUCGUUGGGCGGUGAUAUCCAUAAAACGUUGAGAAUGCUGCUGAAGGCGGUCGGUGAUCUUUCUCGUAAGAUGGAUAAAUUGAUCACUUACAACGAACGCUUAUCCAUGGGUGUAACUGACAGGCGUACGGAGCCCGUAGACACUGCAGCUAUCGCAUUUCCAUUACGAACGCAUGAGGACUUGCGUUCUUUAGAAGCUGCGUUAGAUAACAUCCAGUUCCGGGAUUACUUCGUGGGAAGAUUAAACGUGUUCCUCUGUAACGAUCCUCGGAAAUCAGCGAAAGCUUGUCUGAGUUACGUGCUUUCGCCGGAACUGGCAGACAACUACACUUUGCACGGAACUAAAAAAAAAUUGGGUAUUAGUAAAUACAAAUUUUACUCAACCGUUCAAAGUGUUCUGUGUUCCCAUUUUCGAAGUGCGACCUGUACGGAAAAGGAUUUGAUACACGCCAUGGGUACAGCAAGCCAGGCUUUCUUGCAUGACGCAAGAGAUAAAGUUUAUAAACGCGGAUGGCGAUCCAAAGAAAAGGUUAGCAAAAGCAAUAAUGCAUAUUGCAGUUCGAUUAUUACUUUGUGAUCAAUGUUUAUAGUGAUAAAACUUUUGUCAUAUUCCUCUUGUUUUCAGCUGGCUUCGCAGGCUUUAUCUGACGUAACUGUAAGUUAUUUGUUCGGAUUACUGAAAGCAUUGUCUAACUUUAAAUUACGUCAUCUGUGUUUUACAUUGGUUCAUAUGUGAUUGUAAACUAAAAUGUCUUUUUUCAUUUUUUUAGAACCUAACAAACCAUAGUUCAACUUCUGCCUAACGUAACAGAAAUGGAACAAUGAUAAACGUCGUAUUAUUAAAUAAUCUGUGAUAUUUUAUUAACUAUAAUAAAUAUUGAAAUAUUUCAA